AUGGCCGAGACAGAGGUGCAAUCCAGUACAGUAGAUCCGCUGGAGGAUAGCGAGGCCAUUGCAGAGCAAGUGAAGGCAGAGCGCUGGCAGUGUGAUCUUUGCUUUGAGCCUUUCGCGCGAUUUGAAACGCCUUGGCGACUGGCUGACGAUCGCUGUUGCCACAGUCUUUGUCGCCGCUGCUUGCUGGGAAGCAUAAGGUGGGGUGGGCGCUGCCCCUACGACAACACCCCCAUCCCGGCCAUCGUCGUUUGUGGCGCAAUGGGAACAGGCGAAUACGUCUACCACGAAAAAUUGACGGAGGCCCGUCGGAGUGGUGGAUUGCCCUGCACUGCUGCCGACUGCCCAGGAGUAGUACCGAGCGUGGAUGGGCCGAGGCCCUGUCCAAGCAACUGUGGCUGUUGCGGAGCACGUCACUGCGCACGGCGGAUUUGCGGCGUGCCAUGGAGUUCCGGGCAUCGUUGCUGGGAUUUGAUGGAGGAGGAGAGACAAGAGUUGGAGAGAAGGCUCGCUGGAGGCCACGAUUUCCAGGCGACAACACGACGUCGCCUUAUGGGAGCACCGCGCUUCCGGCCGUGUCCACAAUGUGGAGCCAUGGUGGAGCACGUGGGCGGCUGCAACAUGGUUUACCAUGACAGCUGUCGGACACGAUGGUGCUUCAUUUGCCGGCGGGUGGGAACCUGCCAGGACUUCGAUUGCAAGGCACCUUCCUCCCAGCCGCCUACGCCGCGAGGACCACCAAACGCAGUGCCCACAGGCACCUCGAAGCGCGACGUGAAGAAGAUCAUCUCAUCCUCGGCCAUCCUUUCAGCAGGAGUAGUCCUCCUGCUGAUUGUCAUUUUUACAAAUAUCUUUAGCGGCGUCCGUUUUGACCUGCCAAGGAAGGGGUUGCCCUUCUUCCUCGGCACUGGCGUGUCAAAGCCGGACACAUGUGAUACCUCAUCGUGCGAUCCCGUCACGACCCCGCAGCCAGAGUUGCUUGUUGGGCAGACGAUGGCAACGCUCGAAAUCGGGGGCAGCAUGUUGGCGGUCCAUGGGGGCCUGUCUCCUUCGAUCCACCACUUGGACCAGAUCCGCCUCUUGGACCGGUUCGCAGAGAUCCCGCACGACGGACCUCUUGCAGACCUUAUGUGGUCAGACCCGGAUCCUGACAAAAGCGGCUUUGUUAUUUCGCCGCGGGGUGCUGGCUAUGUAUUUGGCCAGGAUGUGGCGCAGAAGUUUCUGCAUGUGAACCAGCUCAGCCACAUCGUGCGAGCUCACCAGCUUUGCAUGGCAGGCUACCAGGUGCUAUUCGAUGACACGCUGUCCACAGUCUGGAGCGCUCCAAACUACUGCUAUCGGUUCGGGAACACGGCUUCCAUCCUGGAAGUCUCCGAGGAAGGGAGCCGAUUCUUCAACGUAUUCGGCCCUGCCCCUGAGAGCGAGCGACAGCGGCCAGGAGCUGAGGGCCCUGCGAGCCCUGCAGCGCCGGCAGCACCUGCAGCUCCACCUCGGCGAGGUGCAAUGCCUCCAAUGAAGUCCAAUGUUCCCUGUUCUGCAGGGAGAGAGGAUCGCUACUUCACCUGA